AUGACGGCUAAGGAGAUCGGGGAGCAUGGAAGACCGCCCGGAGAUCCACCGGAUGCUCCAGACUCUUGGGUGAAAAAGCUAUUAGGGUGCAAUGAAGGAGGGAUGCCUGUACCGGAGGAGAUUGUGGACGAGUCUUUUGUGCAAUCAAAUCUGAAACUAGAGUUCCCGAAUGGUGAGGAUGGAGAACCGGUGAUAACGAUUGGAGAGGAGGUUUUGAUUGCUAUGAAUGGUUUAUGGAAGAGAUGUAUGAUUGUUAAGGUCUUGUGGAGGAGUAUCCCAUUAUUGAGCUUAACGAGAAGGCUGAAGGAGCUAUGGAAACCUGCGGGAUCAAUGUUUGUGAUGGAUGUCCCGAAGAAUUUUUUCAUGGUUCGUUUUGGAGUAGAGGAGGAGUAUAUGAAUGCGCUAUCAGGUGGCCCAUGGAGAGCUUUUGGGAGUUACCUUAUGGUGCAAGCAUGGACGCCUGAGUUUGAUCCGCUGAGGGAUGAGAUAGUUACGGCACCGGUUUGGGUUCGUUUAGCACAUAUCCCAGUUAAUUUUUAUCAUAAAACGAUACUGAUGGGGAUUGCCAAGGGGUUAGGAAAACCGAUUAAGGUUGACUGCACCACGCUAAAAGUCGAAAGAGCUAGAUUUGCGAGAAUUUGUGUGGAGGUUAACCUUAAUAAGCCAUUGAAAGGGACAGUGAUGAUUAAUGGUGAGAGGUACUGCCAAGGGGUUAGGAAAACCGAUUAA